AGCCCCCGCUGUGGGUCUCUGGUGUAGUUAUAGGAGUAUGGGAGAGAUAUAAGAAGGGCACUGAGGAAAUGCAUUGGGCACUCGGUCAUAACUGGGAUUGAGGACAGUUCUUGGAAACCCAUACACAGUAUUUUUUGGAAAAAACUGGACACCCUGGAUCUUAUUUUUUUACAAGCAUCUCUCAUCCACUGUACAUCACGCAGUAUUUCACAUGUGAAACUCAGCACAUUAAGAUUCACUGUAAAGGUCUCCUUCAGUGAUAAAGUUCUUUAGGCUGUGAACCUCAGCGAACCUACGAAAUGGAAAAUUUUACAAGAGGCCCUCCCAUGGGACUCAAUCUCAGAUGUAACAUGACUGGGAACCACAAUUUCAUCUUCACAUUCAUUCCAAUGGUGUACAGCUUCAACUUUAUUAUUGGAAUAGUAGGAAACAGCAUGAUAGUAGCUGUCAUCUGCUGCUCUAUGAAAAUCAGGACAGUUGCCAACAUAUUUGUUUUGAAUUUAGCAAUCUCAGACUUGACUUUUCUCCUCACCCUGCCAGUUUGGGCUGUAUAUACUGCGACAGGCUACCAGUGGCCUUUUGGAAGCUUCUUGUGUAAAGCUGUUGCGGGUAUGGCACUUUUUAAUCUAUAUACUAGCAUUUUUUUCCUGACUGUUCUCAGCAUUGACCGCUACCUGGCAAUAGUUCACCCGGUUCAGUCCCGACAGUGCCGUACAGUGGUCUACGCCCAAGUGACAUGUGUCUUAGUUUGGGUAGUGGCUUUGUUUCUAAGCCUGCCCACUGCCGCUUUACGUGGAACACACUUUAUCCCGGAGAUCAAUGCUACUGUAUGCGCCAUCCUGGACAAAGAAAAUCUUCGCAAUGUGUUGGCUGCUCUGAGCCUGAUGAAGAGCGUACUUGGGUUUCUUCUGCCGAUCACCAUCAUCCUAACGUGCUACUGUCUGAUAGGUCGGACUCUGCUCAAAGCGAGAAACAUUCAGAGGAGCUCAAAGUCAAACAGGGAUGAAGUGUUGAGCAUGCUGGCUGCUGCAGUGUUGUCGUUUUUUCUCUGCUGGGCACCUCAUCAGAUCUUCAACUUUAUGGAGAUGCUAAUCACCAUUAAAGUGAUCACCAACUGUGAUAUCGUUGAGAUCAUUGAUACUGGAAUGCCUUUCACCAUAUGUAUUGCCUUUUUCAACAGCUGUAUGAACCCGAUCCUUUUUAGUUUAGUUGGGAAGAACUUCCGCAGGAACUUGCUGAAACUGCUGAGAUGUUCUUCAACGUCUCUUGCCUCUCAUCCCACCCUCAGCACCAAGAUGAGCUCUCUCUCAUAUCGAGGCUCAGAGUCAUUUCAUAUCUCGGAUGUUAAAACUUCCUCACUAGCUUGAAAGCAAACAUUAAUCACCUCUAGUAAAAUGUUACUCCUCCUGCCAUUUAUGACUGUUAAUGGCAAUAUUGUGAUUUGUUGUUCCGCUGUCUUACAUUUGCAGGACAUUUGAACAUAAUAAAUGCACUUAUCGGUAACACUGCACUUUAAGGUUACAUUAGUUAUAAGUACUACUAAGUACAAACUAUUUUCGUUAACAUGAACUGCUAUUGAAAAAUACUUCAUUUAGAUAUUCUUAGUUAAUGUUCAUUUUAACAUAUACUUAUACAUUUUUUAAAAGGUAUCUGUUGACAUUUAUGCAAAGUCACUGUGCAUUUAGGUUUAACAUUUGUGAUCCUGCCUGUGAAAAAGUUUUUUUUUAAGAUUGAAUGUUUUCUACCUAAAAUCAUCUUACAAUAUGUAAAUAUCUUUAACACUGGCUAUGUAUAUUCCUUGGAAAUUAAUCCAACAAUGUUGACAUUUUAAAUGCAGCUGAGCUACUAAUACCUUUUAGAAUACUGUGUGAGUAAAAAGUCUAAAUGUACAACAAACAUUUUAAGGAGACAAGACUUUUGAAAAAUGUCAAAUAAUGUUAAAAUUGCCACUUUGUAGGUGUGAAAUUCUUUUCCGUUUUUGGGUCUGUCCUUUUAAAUGCAAAUGAGCUGAUCUCUGCACUAAAUGGCAGUGCUGUGGGCGGUAUUAUCUCCUUCUGACAUCACAAGGAGAGCCAAAUUUUGAUGACCUACUUUUUCACAUGCUUGCUGAGAAUGGUUUACCAAAACUAAGUUGCUGGGUUGAUUAUAGGAGCACUGGGGACUCAAUUAUAGCACUUAAACAUGAAAAAAAAAAGAUUUUCAUGAUAUGUCCCCUUUAAUUAUUGAUAUACUAUGUAGAUAAUAAAAUGUUUGUAUAUAUAAAUACCAUUUCAAAUGGGAGUAUGUUGCUUUUUUACUUUUCAGUAGAGCAUAUUAGAAAUGAAAAGAAAUUAAAAAAUAGUUAAACUAAUAAGUAUAAAGUACAUUUUGUGCAUUCAAAUGUAUUUUUCACGUUUAAUGAACCUUAUUGACUUCCAUAUCGGAAAAAAAGAAUA